AUGCCUAUUUCUAAGUGGCUUAAAAGACGUGGCAAGAAAGGUUAUGAACCAAACAAUCGCGGAGAUGAUUUUGACGAAAACGGCGAUGGACGUGACGGCGAAGAAGACGAAAACACAUGCAUGGGCCGAAAUGAUGAAGAAGCACAUGUUAAUGAUGGAACUAAAAUGGUUUAUUUUGCUUGUGAAACACCAUUAGAACCUCUCAUCGAAAUACUCCACUCGGCUAGCAAAAAUGUCGACAUUUUUACAGUGGAGAGCGAAUGUAUAGAAUUUAUAAAGCCAGUAACAACGAAAGUUUUUGUUGUAAUCGAUGGUGUACCACCGACAACUCUAAUGGAAGGCAUUGAGCCGUUAAAACAAAUUGAUUCCGUAUUUUUCUAUACUCCUCAAAAUGAUGCAAUAACUAAUAUAGCAAAAGUAACACAUGGUUUUCUUGUUAAUUUAUGUGAAACAGAAGAAAUGCUCAUUGAUAGUUUAAGAAAAUCUCGCGAAGAAUUGGAUAAACAAACAGCCGCUUUUAGUAUGUAUAAUAAGAAGGAAAAAGCAACUCGGGAUCUUUCCAAAGAAGCCGGCUCGUUUUUAUUUUUUCAAUUGUUUAAAAAUGUAUUAAAAAAUAUGCCAAAAACAGGUGAAGCAAAAAAGACUAUGGUCACAACAUGUCGAAAUUAUUAUCGUGGAAAUUUAACUGAAUUAAAAAAUAUUGAUGACUUCGAUAAAACAUAUAAAUCGGUUGAUGCUAUCCCAUGGUAUACCAAAGAAACAUUUGUUUAUAAAUUUAUUAACAAAGCACUUCGUACAGAAGAUGUUGAUGUCUUAUAUCAAUUUCGUUUUUACAUUAUGGAUUUAAGUGAACAACUUGAAUUGAAAUUUCAAGAACUUAAAGCAAGACAAAAAGAUGUUUUGAAACUUUAUCGAGGUCUAAAACUGAGUCACGAUGAAGUAGCAAAUUUUCAAAACAGUAUCGGAAAUUUGAUUUCAACAAACGGUUAUUUAUCAACAAGUAGUGAACAUUCGGUUGCAUAUGGCUUUGCGACUAAAUCGGCUAAACGAGAGGGUGUUGUACGAGCUUUAUUCGAAUAUGCUGUUGAUUUAAAUACGGUACAAAAAAUUGUCAUUGCUGACAUUCGACAAUAUUCAGCGUUUCCAGAAGAAGCUGAAGUUUUAGUUGAUAUCGGAGCAUCAUUUCAAAUUGAUUCUUGCGAAUUCGAUGCAAACGCUGACUUAUGGCUUGUCAAAGUACACGCGACUGAUCAAGGUGCUGCUUUAGCCGCUGAUUACAUGGAAUAUCAAAAGAAAAAGAUGACGGAAUCAAAUAUAGUUCUUAUGUUUGGUAAUUUACUUCUUGAAAUGGGCGAAUAUUCUAAAGCCGAAAGAUAUUUUGAUACUAUUCUCAGUUCUUCGAAUCCAAACGAUGAAGAAAUUGCUUGUAUCUUUUUUAAUUUUGGUCGUACACAUAGAUUAAAAGGUGAUUUUGUUCGUGCCAUAAAUAGUUAUAAUCGUGCAAAGAAUUUACAUUUGAAUGCUCGGCCAAAACGUUUAGCUAGUGCUGGAAAAACUUUAAAUGGUCUUGGAGUUGUUUAUACGGAGCAAGGACGACAAUUGAAAGCCGAAGAAUGUUUUCAACAGGCUCUGAAAUUAUAUAAAAUAAGUAUUCCAAAAAAACAUGUUGAUGUCGCUGGAACAUUGAUUAAUUUGGGUGCAAUUGAUUGCGAUCGGCAAAACUAUGAUCAAGCUGAAACUAGAUUUACAAGAGCAAAAAAAAUCUACGAUCGUUCUCUUCCACCAGGCCAUCCUAAUCAUGCAUUACCACGAGUUAACCUAGGUAAUGUUUAUCUAGCGGCUGGAGAAUAUAUAAAAGCCUGUAAUGAAUAUGAAUCUGCAUUAAAAUUACAAGAAGCAUCAUUACCAGGUGAUCAUCCUGAUAUUGCUCGUACACUACAUAAUCUUGCAGUUGUUCAUACACAUCUAGGGAAUAUGGAACAAGCUAAACAGUAUUUGGAACGAGCAGAAGAAACAGCUAGUCAUACAUUAUCGGUCAAACAUCCAAUCAUGACUUUGCUCGCUAAAACAAAAUGUUUUAUGACUGAGGAAGCUGGAGGAUAUAUUUAUACGCGACAUUGA